AUGAUUGACACGGCCGCCAUUUUGCUCCAGCUCUCCCUGCUUCCAUUGUGUGAGAGAUAGUAAAUAUCUGACACUGCCAGACAACCACAACACACUUGUAUCCGCGCGAAGAAAAAGCGUUAAAUUCACCCACGGUGACACUUCGUCGAAAUGGCUCGUACCAAGCAGACCGCUCGUAAGUCCACUGGAGGAAAGGCUCCUCGUAAGCAGCUGGCCACCAAGGCUGCCCGUAAGAGCGCCCCCUCUACUGGUGGUGUCAAGAAGCCCCAUCGUUACAGGCCUGGUACUGUGGCUUUGCGAGAGAUCCGUCGGUACCAGAAGUCCACUGAGCUGCUGAUCCGUAAGCUGCCCUUCCAGCGCCUGGUGAGGGAGAUCGCUCAGGACUUCAAGACCGACCUGCGUUUCCAGAGCGCCGCCAUCGGAGCCCUGCAGGAGGCCAGUGAGGCGUACCUUGUGGGUCUGUUUGAGGACACCAACCUGUGUGCCAUCCAUGCCAAGCGUGUCACCAUCAUGCCCAAAGACAUCCAGCUGGCACGCCGCAUCCGUGGAGAGCGCGCUUAGACGGCCUCCCUAAUGUUUCACCUCUGUCCUGUUUUUCUUUACCCGCCCCAGCCCUCACUCCUUCAUUCUACCCCACCCACCCACCUCCUCCCGUCCCUGUCCCCCUCCCUCCCCAGCCUGCCCAACUUCUCAGUAGACUUUAGAGUAAUCCUGAUUAUGAAGAGAUAGAAAUAUGUUGAAGUAUGGUCUCUCAUAGGUUUUUUGUCUUCACCAAAUGUUUUUAGGGUACCUUUUUCGUGCAUGUAAAAGGUUUUUCAGAUCAGACGCACAUGUGCACACAUACUCAAACAAACACGUCACUGGGUUUGGGUGGUGCCUCAAGAACAUGAAGCCCACCCUCGAGCUCACCUGGAUUCCUCCGGGGUGGGAGGCCCAGCGGGUGUGGUUUGUGUGGCUAACAGAGGUGAAGCAGAGGGAUGUGGCCGAGGGGCUAGUGUGCUUAAGGGGAGCUGCAACUUCCACAGCAGGGUGCUAUUAAAACUAGUCCCGAGGCCUCUGCUCCAUCUGAACACCCUCCUCCCCUCCCAACCCAGUCCGUCCCUCUACACCCCCACUGCCCCCUCGCUCUGCAGCUGCAGCCAGAUGGCUCGCUGUACCUUUUCAGACCACCUCCACCUCUGUGAUCUGCACUGGGAGGGGACGGCGGACUGUUGGUCUGUCUGUGUGGAUGCAUGAGCUCUGAUCUGUCAAACCACUUGUACUCAACAAAUAAGAAUCUUUUGGUUGCUUAAGAAUAUUGAUUAUCGUUGUGGAUAUGGUGUCUAUUUUUUUUACGCAUAUAAUUCAUGGAUGAGCAUCUCUUCUCUUUACCACUUCCAAAAUCAUUGCAUUAACAGAAAAAAGCAAUUAACAUUGUCAACAUCAGUUUUUGUUACAGUGAUCUGAUUCGUUAUAGAAAAUCAGGAAGGGCUUCUCUGUUUUCCAAGGCAACUUCUAUUCUAAUGGCAGCCACACGGGGGCGAUGGUUUACCAUCUCUCCGUCUAUCCAGUUGUUCACUGUAGAUCAGUCAUCACACACUCUGCUUCUGUCUCUAUCGUAUUCUCCACACAUAGGCUUUAGACUCGUCACAACAGUAUGAAUUGACAUUAUAGUGACAGUUACACUCUGCAUGUUUAGGCUCUGUGUGUCUCUUGCACUCCCUGUAGAUCUGAACACAUAAUCUGUCCCUUUCUCAAAAUUUGUGAUACACAAUAUAACCUCAUAUUUGUUUUCUUUUCUAUUUUUCUUAUUCCUCAAGAUUUUCAGACGUAUAAAUAAGCUGAUCUUUGUAUUUUCCAAAUUUCUCAUAUUAUGGUGGUAAUAAAUAGGUGUUAAAAACU